GAAUGUUGUGCAAAUCAAAGUAGUACAUAGAAGCCGGUUGAUGAUUUACCACUUAAGGUCGAGACAACAAUCCGACACCUGAGAGCUGCCACGCUGCUCCUUAAAUACCCGGCAGAUGACUCCCAAUGCACCGCAGGCAAACACAAGAAAACCAACCAACAAAAUCACCCUUCAAAACAUACACAUUAAUUUAUAUACACAAACCCAUUUCUUUUAAUUCUAGAUAUUAUGAAGAAAGAAUCACCAACAACCAAAGUGAACUCACCAUGCACCAUGACCACAGCACUGAGUCUCAGCAAUCCCAGUGCUUCCAAUAAUACCACUCCUGUAACCCCACCAUCAGAAGUUCCAAAUCUUCAAAACCCUACCUCACAAAAGAAAAAGAAAACAUCAGAAUCAAGAGCGACCACCACAAAGUCAACAUCUACCACAACCACAGCAAAACCGCAGCAAGAUUCUUCCCCCUCUACCACUGUGAACUUACCGACUAAGUCAGCAGAAUCAAGUCUCACGACAGCCAGGGCUUCCACUUCUACCAGUACUGUGGACUCACCAUCAGCAGAAUCGAGUCUCAGCAGUUUCAGUGUUUCCACUUCUACCACUUCUGUCAUCUCACCAUCAGGAAUGUGGACACUGACUGUUGUGUUGGUCGUCGUUGGUUCUGGUGUAACUGUGGGUGCCAUCUUAUUGGUACUGGCACUUUUCAGAUCUAAAAGAAGAACGGAGGGAUAUUCUCUAAAGAGGACAAGAACCAACAUCCAAGAUGACUUUGUGUGCAUGACAAAUAUUGACCCUGGAAGAAUGUUAACUGAAGGUGAUGAUGGAGCCUACAGUGUGAUCACUUCAAUACCCGGUGCCAGCUGUGCUACCGGUACUGAGAAACUGAACAAACCAGAAAGGAAAGAGCAAGAUUCUGAUAUUUAUCAUCCAUACGCCACCAUCUCUGAGAAACCAGCUGCACCAGUCUCACAGGACAUGACCUACAGCAUGCUGCAGGCACAUUGAUGAUGCUUAUUAUUUUAUUUUCAGUAAUGUAAAUACCCACUGUUACUCUGUCAGUACUGGAAAUGUUUUCUGUUCCUUGAACAAACUGUACUCUGCAGAAGCUGCAAGUUAAGAUUGUAACCGUGUUUUUGUUCUAAUCAAUGUUAGCACAACAUUUUGUAAUUGGAUAUUUUUCUGUAUUGUAAGACAUUAAACACAGUGACAUACUUAUAUUACAAACACAUGAUACUGAAUCAUCUAUGGACGCGAUACACACAACCAAAGAUCCCAGAGGGACUAAAAGAGAAGUAAUGCACAUUAUGUCAUUGCAUAAACAGUUAACUUAAUCAAAAUACACUGGUAAUGGUGCUGCAGUGUUUAUUUCAAUUCAACCCAGUUUUGUUUAUAUAGCACAAAAGCACAACAACAGUUGCCUCAAUGUUAUCACUGUUACCUCAGAGCAUGAGGGUCCUGAGUCCAAACCACCAGCCAGCUGGUCUUUUGGAUGUUUGGAUGUUCUCACUGUGCUGGGUCGGUUCUCUCCAGGCUUCCUUCCAUACUUCAAAGACAUGCAUGGUGUUAGGUUAACUGGGGGAUCGAAAUUGGUCACACUGCAUAAAGGUUUUCCUGUCUUUAUGUGUUAGGGCCCCAUUAUAUCUGCCUUUCAUAUAUAUAAGACACUGUAGUCACUAUAUUUCUGCCUGGUUAAUGUCAAAUUGCCAUCUGUGUUUGGCUCAAAAUUUUUGCACAGCAUUUUUCCUGAAACUAUUUUUUCUUGUAUAUAUUGUAUAUAAGUGACCCUUUUUCACUUUUGCAUUUUAUUCUUUUAAAUAUUUGUUAGACACUGGCAGGAGGCUGCUUUUGUAUCUGGGUUAAGAACAGUAGGGGUUGUUUUUUUUUGUUUUUGUUGCUUUUGCUUUGACCAGAGCUGAGGGCCUAAAGUGGCCGUGGCUGGGCUGUAAUGGUGGAGGCUUUCUCUUCAGUGGUUUGUGUUUGUCAGUGCAGCCCUGGUUUGAACUGCACUGUAGUAACAGUGUGUGUAAAACUGAGAUGUACAUUCGAGGCAAAGUAAUUCCCUGGACCUCUGCUUACAGGAAAACCACAAUACUGAACUGGGAUUCAAACGUGUGUGAAUAUUUUUAAGAUUAUUAUUAGUAAAAUAACUUCUUAAGGUCUUAAUCAAGUAUAACUGUGUGUUAUUUGUACUGGUUUGAAAUAAAUAUUCUCUCUGUUAAAUUCCCAUGAUGGCGUCCCUGUUAUUAAAACUCUUGAGUUUUUACUGCCACAUGUUGCCACACAGACAUCUGGGAAACUAAGCCCAUGGCAACAGAAAUGAUACACAUGUACUCAUGCUUGUCUUUAUUUCACUUCCUUUCU